AUUCACACUGUCACACAUUGUUAUGAUUGAAAUAAUAUUGUCAACAUAUAACCUAAAAGGAAUUAGAAAAACACACUAAACAGUUUAAUAAUAUAAAAAAAUAUAUCUCACCUAUUAAUCGGACUACAAUGAAAAAACCAAAUAAUAAGCCAAAAUUUACAAAUACACGUAAAGUGCUUCGAAAACAAAAGAGACAAGAAAAAAAAGUAAAACGGAAAGAACAUUAUUUAAAAAAGAAUAUUGAUUCUAAUGAGCUUCACCGGUCCACCUCACCGGGAAAGUUUGUAAAAAUAAGACCCGAAACAUCUGAACCUGAUAAUGUGGUUAAGAAAAAUAAAAAACCAAAGAAUCCGCCUACUGUUCAAGAAUUAUUAAAAUUGGAGCAAGAAAAAGAGAAGAGAGCCACUGAUAAAUUAAAAUCGAUGAUGAAUGAACAAAGAAGGAAGAUGUUAUUGGAAGCUAAUGAUGCGGAGGAUAAGAUUAUUAAGAAGCUAGAGAAACAGCUCGGCUUGAACAAGACUCGAAACAAAAAUAACUUUUUUGCUGACGAUGGGCUGGAUUAUUUACUAGAGGUGUGUGAUAGAACGACGUCAGAACAAAUUGUGGCAGCGGAAAAACAUUUGGCUGAAGUUGAAAGAGAUUCCGACUUUGAAGAUGAUUUGGCUGCAGUUACAGGAAAAGAGCCACAACGUAAAAAGGAAAAGGGGAUAGAGAUAACAGAAGACGGACAUGAUUCAGUUGAUGAUAUGGAUGAAGAUGAUGAGUUAGGAAGUGAUGACGAUAUGCUGGGUGAAGACAGUGAAAUGAGUGAAGAUGGAACCGAUUUUAAAGAUAAUGGUGAGUCUGAUGAUGAUGGAGAAACUGGUGAUGAUGGAGAAGAUGACAGUGAAGUUGAUGGUGACGAAGAACCAGAACGAAAAAAAAGAUCAAAUAACAAGAACAAUAACAAGACAAAGGAAAAGAUAAUUGCAGAAGAAGAUUUGAGUAAAAUAUUUAGUGACGAUGAAGUGUCACAUUUAUCCGAUGAUGAAGAGUUGAGCGGAGGUGAAGAGAAUUCAGAAAUAGAACCUAAAGAGAAGCCGGAUGUAUGGGAGGACAUUUAUGGAAGGAAGAGAGAUAAAGAAGGGAACAUCAUUAAGGAGGAAAAAGGCAUUUACAUCCCACCACAUUUGAGGAACAAGGACUCAACAUCUGAGAAGGAGAUGGCACAACUGAAACGGCAAGUUAAAAGUGUUCUGAACAAGUUGGCUGGUACAAACCUUCACUGGGCUUGCACCAGUAUAGAGAAUCUGUACACCAGCAACAGCAGACACUCGAUGAAUACAGUAUUGACAUCGCUGUAUAUGGAGGGAGUCGUUGGAAGGUCUAUGACUCCGGAGAGAAUGCUGGCAGAACAUGCGGCUAUGAUAGCUGUGUUGCAUGCCAAUGUUGGCUCCGAAAUUGGAGCACAUUUUUUGGAGGAGUUGUGUAAGAGGUUUGACGCAAUGAUGGACACAUCACAACCAGUCGAGGACAAGACCUUAGACAAUCUAGUUGCUUGCUUGGCACAUUUGUUUUGUUUCAAGUUAUACCAAUCUACGUUACUAUUCGAUAUUCUGUCGCGACUGACGCACACGUUGUCCGAGAAGUGUAUAGACGUGUUGUUAGUGUGCGUGAGGUGCGCCGGCGCAGCUCUGAGGAAGGAAGCGCCUCUCGAACUUAAGACUUUCAUACAUGACACACAGGCUCGAAGUACCAAGAUAGGGGCUGGUGUGACAGACGGGUCCCGUAUAAAGUUUCUGCUGGAAGUGCUGCUGGCUAUAAAGAAUAAUAAUUUAAACAAAAUACCCAACUACGAUCCGAGCUACGUGGAGCACCUGAAGAAGAUGACUCGGAGUAUUGUCAGGAAAGGAAAUUAUAUAACACCCUUGAACAUACGGCUGGAGGAUCUAUUGAAAGCCCAGGAACGCGGCAAGUGGUGGGUGGUCGGGUCGGCCUGGGAGGGGCAGGCUGAGGUCGGAGACAAACAGAUAGACAAGCAGACAACGCACGCUGACCAGAGAAUGAUGGAACUGGCGAGGAAACAGAGAAUGAAUACUGAUGUCAGGCGGAGCAUCUUCUGUGUUAUUAUGUCUGCUGAGGACUACAUGGACGCCUUUUCUAAGUUGGAACAGCUCUCCCUGAAGGGACAACAGCAGCGUGAGAUAUCGCAUGUGUUGUUGUCUUGCUCUCUCCACGAGAAGGCUUACAACCCCUACUACAGUGUGCUGGCUGACAAACUGUGCAGUGUAGAUAGGAAAUAUCAGCUAUCAAUACAGUACUCUGUGUGGGACAAAAUAAAGGAAAUUGAAACUCUAUCCAAACAGUCAACGACCAACUUGGCACAGUUUCUCAUCCAUCUGUUUAUAUCCAAAGCACUGCCGCUGUCCAUUCUCAAGAUAAUACAAUUCUCCGAUUUAAACAAGAAGACCGUCCGGUUCAUGAGACAGAUACUCCUGGCUGUCAUAAUGAAUGAUAACAUGCAGGCGUCGCUGGAAGUGUUCCACAGGAUAGCCAAACCCCCGAAGCUGCACAUGUUUAGGGAGAGUCUGAGGUUAUUCAUACAGCACUUCCUAAUAAAGAACGCCGGCAAGCAGAGCGCGGUGUUGAGUGAAGAGGAGAUGAGAACCUUGAAGGAACGGGCACAGGAAGUUGAUAAGAUACUCACCAUGCACGAAACUAAAUUGAGAUUUUGAUUAAAAUAGUAUACAUUUAUGUUUUUUUA